CACAAUUCCAAACCCUCUCUCGCUUCUUUACAAUCUCUCUCUCUCUCUCUUCUGCGUCUAUUGCUUUUCCCAAAAGAGAUUUAGCCUGAUUUUCAAGAAAUGGCGAAGCUGAACCGGUUCGUGUACUUCAUGGCGGUUUUCUUCGCGGCGGUUCUGGUGGCUUCCCCGGCUGGGGCUUUUACUGAUCCACUUGACGUCGUAGCUCUUCAUGAUCUUUACAUGACCCUCAACCAACCGCCACAGCUGACGGGUUGGAGAUUGAAUGGUGGGGAUCCUUGCGAUGAAUCGUGGAAUGGAGUGUCAUGCUUUGGCUCUUCUGUGAUAUACCUUAAACUUAAUGGUCUAAACCUCUCUGGGUAUAUUACUGCCGAGAUCUAUAAUCUCUACAGUUUGAAGCAACUGGAUAUUAGUUCCAAUACCAUUGGUGGUGAAAUUCCAUAUGUCUUACCCCCCAAUGCGACUCAUAUAAAUAUGGCAUACAACUAUUUGAUCCAAAAUAUUCCCCCAUCCUUACCUGGCAUGAAAAGUCUCCGACAUUUGAAUCUAAGCCACAAUUUGUUAUCUGGACCCAUUGGCAAUGUUUUUACAGGCCUACAGAAUUUAAGAGAAAUGGAUUUGUCAUAUAAUAACUUUACUGGAGAUCUGCCAAGUUCAUUUGGAUCCCUCACAAAUCUCACUGGACUGUACUUGCAGAAGAACCAAUUCACUGGAUCAGUUGCUUACCUAGCCGAACUUCCACUAAUUGAUCUGAACAUCCAAGAUAAUUAUUUCAGUGGUAUCAUCCCCAGUCAUUUUCAGUCCAUACCAAAUUUAUGGAUUGGGGGAAAUAGUUUUCAUCGUCCAGGGGACAACUAUCCACCCUGGGAUUUCCCUCUGGAAACGCAGACAAGUGUCAUUGAACAGAACAUCCACCCCCCUCCAGCAACUCAGUCAAGUGCCAUGGAGAAGAGCAAGCCCUCUACCAAAUUAGGUGGACACAAGAAGAGGAGGCUUGGCCCUGGAGGAAUAGCUUUUAUGAUUGGUGGAGGAACUCUAGUCGCCUCAUGUGUGGCACUUUACAUUGCAGUUCGUAUCAAACAAUCACGUGCACAGAAGCUUAUAACUUUGGGGGGCAGUAAUAGUUCAAUCCACUCUUUCUCAGUCAUAAAUACGGCCAAAGAUAGUCCUAUGAAUGCACGAGAAGAAAGCCCACCAAUACUGACUUUCAGGCCACCCAUUCUACUUCCAAGGCGACUACCUCCAGUUUAUCAUAGCAGAGUAGAGAAAACUAGAAGAAAAAGUUUCUCUGAUAAAUGCAGUUUCCCAGUGAGAAUCAAACUAUAUACUGUGGCAGAGCUUCAGUCAGCUACGAACAGCUUUGCGGAAGAAAAGUUUCUGGGCCAAGGAUCUCUUGGUUCUGUUUACAAAGCCGCGUUUCCUGAUGGCCAAAUUUUGGCUGUAAAGAACAUCAAGAUGUCUGGACUCUCUUUCCAUGAAGAAGAACAAUUCCUGGAUGUCGUUUGGACUGUUUCGCGUUUGAAGCACCCAAACAUUGUACCACUUGUUGGCUAUUGUGUGGAGAAUGGACAACAUCUCCUUGUGUAUGAAUAUGUUGGAAAUUUAUCCCUUGAUGAGGCACUUCACAGCGAUGCAUACAAGCCUCUGUCCUGGGGCCUCCGUCUCCAAAUUGCUCUUGGUGUUGCUCAAGCUUUGGACUAUCUGCACUCCACAUUGUCGCCUUCAGUAGCUCAUGGCAACUUGAAGAGCGAAAAUAUCUUACUUGAUGAAGAACUUGCUCCUCAUAUCUGUGACUGCGGACUUGCUAUUUUGAGGCCACUUACAAGCAAUAGUCUUAAACUGAAGGCUUCAGAAAAUGCUGUUGGUGACACUGGCUACAUUGCACCUGAGCAUGGCCUACCAGGGUUUGAUAAGACAAAGAGUGACAUCUAUGCCUUCGGAGUGCUGCUUUUGGAGCUCUUAACAGGAAGGAGACCUUCUGAUAGUUCAAGACCAAGGGAAGAGCAAUCACUGGUGAAAUGGGCUUCAUUGCGGCUUCAUGACACUGAGAGUCUGGAUGAGAUGAUCGAUCCAGGCAUUAAAAAGACAUGUUCCUCCAAGGCUCUCUCAAAUUUUGCUGAUAUUAUCUCCCUCUGUAUACAGCCAGUGAAGGAGUUCCGACCACCAAUGUCUGAAGUUGUGGGAUCUCUAACACAACUAAUUCAGAAGCUCAAGGGGAAAGGCAAUGGAGAGGAUGGUACACAAGUUGACCCCUUCGAGAGAUCUUUUCGUUCAACCAACACCCGCUUCAUGGGCUCACCUACAUUGAGCUAUUUUUCCAUUUGAAUUUAGUAGUGAUCAGUACAGGCACAACUGAAUGUACUGGAUUGGAUGUUUGAUAACAAAUGUACUCCACAAUCAGCUAGAUUGUCAGAGGCUUGGUCUGUGUGGCAUUUUAGCUACGCGGUCUGAUGAUGUCUUAGCCUUAAGAGGUGGUAUUCAAUGAAAUACCAGAUUUCAAAUAGACUAUUAUCAAUUACACAGAUUUCUGUCAUUCUCUAUGUUCUACAAAGUAGUUACAGUUACAGGACAGAUUUCUACAAAACUAUAGAUUGUAUAUACUAGUUUAAUUGGCAAUCUUUCUUAAAAGGUUGGAAGAUUUUGAAA